AAUGCACAUCCAGAAGUGCAGAUGGCUCCACAGACUGGCUCCACAGUAAAGGAAAGGAAACCUGUUUCAACCUUUCUUCAGCUUUUCACUUGGGACGAGAUCCGAAUCCACAACGGCCGUGGCCCAAGUAAGGAGCAGUGGCUGGUGAUUGACAGGAACGUUUACGACGUCAGCAGUUUUUCCAGACGGCACCCUGGAGGCAGCCGGGUUAUUGGCCACUAUGCCGGACAAGAUGCGACGGAUGCCUUUGUAGCAUUCCACAGUGAUAAGGCUCUGGUGAAAAAAUACUUGAAGUCUCUGCUGAUUGGGGAACUGGCACCAGAUCAACCCAGCUUUGAGUCUAACAAAAAGAAAUCACUUUUAGAAGACUUCCGUGAGCUGCGCUGCACUGUUGAGAAGAUGGGACUUCUGAAUCCGGAUUCCACCUUUUUCUCCCUGAUUUUCCUUCACCUCCUGGUACUGGAUGCUGCAUCCUGGCUGACAGUCUGGUACUUCGGGAUAUCAUUAGUGCCCUUCGUUGUUGGCAUGGCAUUCUUCACCAUUGCUCAGAUCCAGAUGGGCUGGUUCCAACACGAUCUGGGGCACUGCUCUGUCUUUAGGAAGCCUAAAUGGAACCAUCUGCUGCAGAUCAUUGUGAUAAAUACCCUGAAGGGUUUACCUGCCAGCUGGUGGAAUCAUCUGCACAAUCAGCACCACGCCAAACCCAACUGCUUCCGCAAGGACCCCGAUCUCAACAUGCACCCUCUCCUGUUCAGCUUGGGAAAGACACUCUCUGUAGAGCUUGGAAAAAAGAAGAAGAAGUUCAUGCCUUACAAUUACCAGCAUAAGUAUUUCAGCUUAUUGGCCCCACUUGCACUUAUACCCUUCUUCCAGCUGUCCACAUUCUACUUUGCAAUCAGGAAGAAAAAGUGGUUGGAACUGUUACUGGUGGUGUCUUACAACGUCCGAGUCUGCCUCAUGUAUAUUCCUUUAAUGGGAUUUAACAAUUUCAUGGUGUACUACUGGAUGUCCAGGUACCUAGAGAGUACAUGGUUUAUUUGGGUCUCGCAGAUGAACCACAUUCCAAUGCACAUUGAUUAUGACAAGAACAAUGACUGGGUAUCUACUCAGCUUCAUGCAACAUGUAAUGUGAACCAAUCUUUUUUCAAUGACUGGUUCACCGGGCACUUGAACUUCCAAAUUGAGCACCACCUUUUCCCCACAAUGCCUCGACACAACUACUGGAAAGCAGCUCCUUUGGUGAAAGCCCUUUGUGAUAAGCACGGCAUUGAGUAUAAAAGCAAGACUUUACUCAGAGCUUUUGUAGAUAUUUUGAACUCACUGAAAGAGUCAGGGGAACACUGGCUUGAAGCCUAUCUGCAUGGAUAGAUGCUGGCAGCUCUUGAAGGGAAUUUCUUCGCCAGACAACUGCUGCUGCAAAGAGUCAGCACAGAUCAGCAGAGUGUUUGUGGCUUCUGACAUAGGAACUUGGGAACUGGGUGAAGCUAAUUGCAGUAAGAAUGAUGGGUGGGGAAGUGGAUUAAAGAUAUUUUUUUUUCAUUGUUCUGAACCACGAUAUCUCUAUUUUUUGCUGCUCUCAAACUCAGUAUUCAGAGCCGUGACAAACCGGGCCUUUAAAUUUGGGAGUCGUAGCUCUUGAAUCAGCUGGAUCAAUUUACUGUGUAGGUGGGGCAUAAAACACCUCAACUCCUUUAUUAUGGGGAAAGUUUAAAUGGCGAUUCUUAGCAUUUUUGGCUUAAUGGCUCAGUGAAAAUGGAAUUAGAUAAAGCAGACUGCAGGAAGUCAGAACACAUUAGGAUGGGAGGAUCUUCAUGGGAUAUUCCAAGAUUGGUAAGUAUGCAAAGAGCAAGAUGGCCUGCAGUAUGUUGUCGUGUCUAGUGAUCGUAUGUGCACCACUUUCUCUUACUAGUUAACUGAAGUGUUAUCACUCGUGCUGUUCGUGAAAUGCAUGGGGAAGUAGAUAACUGGAUGCUCCAUUUUACUUCUCUAAGACCUAAUUUGAAUAUGGUCCAAAAAGUCUGUAUAGUAUGUAUAAUUUAUAUGUAUAAAUAUAUAUAUUUUAUUGUGUACUGUCUGAUUAGCUUUCUGAUUUGAUGUGUUAUGUGUCUUUGCUGAUGUUAGAUUAGCUUUAAAAUUCUUAGCUUCAGUAGAUCUACUUUGAACGAGCCUUGGAAAUGUAGGCAUUGGGGGGUGGGUUCAGAUCACAAGGGUUUAUAGGGUUCUAUUACGUUUGUUGACUUUUACAUGUAUUAUUUUCCCUCUAAAUACCUUCCAGUGAUUUCAAGGACAUAUGAGUAUUUACAUACAUGAGCCAUGAGGUAACUGAAUACAUUUGUGGCUCCAUCCCUGUAUCCUGAAAAACAAUUAAAUCAUACCUAAUUCUGUAAUUCCAUGCAGUCCUCUCUGGCCUUUACAAAUUUUUUUUCCUCCAUUUCAGCAUCCCAAAGAACUAACUCUUACAGGUUUUGUACCUGUAAGCUGUUUGGCCCCUCCAAGAGGAAGGGGAAGGACCUAGCCCCUCCUACUUAAGGUUCUGCAAAGCUGCUUCUAGCGGAAAGCAUAAUGACUACAAGGCAUAGUAGGUCUCCUUAGGAAGAGUAUAUGACCUCUGAUUAAUGUGGCUGAUCUUGAUUUAAUUAUAACAUUUUCUAAUAUGAAUCAUAACAAAUUUAGUUCAGUAGGAUACAGUUGAGCCUUACUAGCAAAACCUGAAUUGUAUUAUAUUCACCUAAAUGUCCUGAAACUAUGAAUGUAGUCUGCAGUGCUGAGUAUACAAUUUGCCCAUAAAAGCAAAGACCAAGUGGAAGAAAAGUGAUUCUUUUCCUCUGUCAUUCACACCCAGAAUUCUAUGCCCUUGGCUUUCAGUGGGCAAACCGCUCAGGGAAGGAAAAAGGGGAAGACCUUAAAGGGAAAAAUUAUUGUGGACAACCAGACAUAUCUGCAACCCACUGAUGAUUAAAUUACAGGCAUUACAAAUUUCAGACAACAGCAGUCCUCUUCCAAGUAACAAAUAUUAUCAAAUUCAUAAGGUAAAGAUCCUAAGAAGAAUUUUGGACUUAAUUUUCUUCUUGCUUUUUGUAUUUUAUUAAUUAUUCUGUUUUAAGAACGUUGGCUUUAUUUAUAACUUAUGUGUGUAUGUGCAGGCCUAGUAACAUUAUUUUGGUUAUUUCCCAAUAAUUGCUGAUACAUAUCAUUGAAAAAGGUUAUGAUUAAAAAGCACUGUUGUUCAAAAGCUAGUUAGAAUGUGCUUUGAAAGCCUUUUCUAACUACUACAAUCUAAAAUAAUUCUGUGCUCCCAACUCAAAGGUUAGUUAGCCACAACUUCGUGCAGGAGUAGAAAUAUUUUUAUAAGGAGUAUUUAAGUGAUAGUACUUUCUUAAGAUGAAUGCAGGUGUUUCAUUACCUGCACUAUUGUUCUGGUAUUAAGGAUUCUGGUGAUGCUUUUACUAUUUUUUAUUUUUUAACCAAUGGGACAUGAAAGCUGUGGUGAUUAGAUCUUGAUUUCUGCUGAAAUUCCCUGAAGACAAGACUAACACAAAGUAGUUCUUUCUGAUGUCAGCCUCAUGAAUCAAUCUGAUUCUUUGUCCCAUUUAGCCAGCAUUCUAUUUGUUUGACUGUAGUAAUUUAUUCAGUCAGUUUUUUGCAACCUCAUUUAAAUCAAGAUGUUUUUGCCUCUUUAGCUGAUCUAACAGUGUGCUGCUCUAUGUGAAUAUUGAUUUACCUCUUUAUCUGUUUCGUAAAGGUUAUUAACAUACAUGAAACUGAUUUACCUUUGUCUUGUUCUAACAUGGUUCAGAAACUUCAAGGGUUUGGUGUAACCCUUGAUGAGAGCUUAGCAAGCCACUUUAGUUGGCAUUAGAGCUCUUAGCAACAGUAAUGCUCCCUAAAAGACAACAUGUAUAAUCAGGAAUGCAUGGAAGAAAGAAGGAAAUCAGGGAAACUGUUCACAUGAUAUUGCUUUCUUUAGGAGUUUAUACUAAGAUUCUGUUAGUAGUGUUUUUUCUUACACAGGUACACCAAAAUUGUCAGCUUACCACAGGUGUCAGAGGGUCCUUUCCCUCACAGGGUGGCACAAAUGGCCGCCCUGUGACACAGUCAACAAGUACCAAGCUUCGGAAGGCCCUAACAGUAAGGAAGGCAGCAAGAACUGCAAAGCAAAACAAAAGUGUCAUCAGUUGUUCAGAAUUGAGUUCUACUUGCGUGAAUACAGUGUUGUGCAGAGUAUGCGCUGUGCUUCCUAUUAAACAGCAACCCGAUGUCUCUAUUCUCACAGGAAUUCAAAGUUUAAUUUUAUUUGAAAAAAAGGGAAUUAAAAGCCUUGUUAUUGUCCAGUUUGUCUACCAACUGUGUUUGUGUUCUCAAAAUUCAUUUGCCUUAAGCUGGUCAUUGUAUGUACAUUCAAUUCAGUUACUCAGCCUGUUGCUAAAGAAAAAGGCUUGUUUCAAGGCAAGCCUUUCUGAAUAAUGAAAACU